AUGAAUACAACGACGUCUGGUCCGAAGUGGAAAUCAUCACGUCCCGCUCACCACUCAAACAAUUCGGCCACCGCAUUCGUCAAUCCAUGGCCCUCCGCAGGAACCCCAACGUGGGCGGAACUCGUUCAAUCAUCUUUUCCACUUGGAUGGUACACGGAUGACCUGAGCAGCCACAAAAGAGCCCGACAACUCAACGUCGUCACUCCCGACUGGGGAACAGCGGAGUUGGAGAAGAAGAAGCUCGACAAGACCAACAGUGUCAUCGGCACAUGGUUGGGUCAUGCGAGUGCCCUGGUCGAGGUGCCACCGCUCGAGAACUCCGAGCACAAGAGCAUAUGGCUUCUUUUCGACCCCAUCUUCUCCACGCGAGCAGGGCCGACUCAAAAUAGUGGUGUCGCUCGUUUCAAGCAAGCCCCCUGUCAACCCGAGGACCUGCCAGGAUGCGACGCAGUCUUCAUUUCCCACAACCACUACGACCAUCUAGAUGCCGCCUCGAUCAAGGGAGUCCUCAAGAAAUUCCCCCGGGCCAAGUUCUUUGUCGGGCUGGGCAUCAAGCAGUGGAUGUCGUCUAUGGGGGUCCCGGAUGCACAAACCUGCGAAAUGGACUGGUGGCAGAAUCGCGAAUACAGUCUAGAAGACUUUGGAGUCCAACCCACACCAGCGUCGACGAAUCAGAUCAUUUUCCGGUUCUCGUGUGUCCCUGCCCAGCACAAUUCUGCACGGAGUCCUGUAGACCAGGGGCGGACGCUGUGGUGUGGUUGGGUUGUCGAGCGCUUUCUCCGCUCACAGGACGAAUCUAGCGAAUCGAAGGCGACCAGGCAAGGGGUCAUCUACCACGCCGGUGAUACAGGCUAUCGGAGGACGUCGAGAUCAGAGGUCGUCUGCCCGAUCUUCAAGGAGAUUGGGGACAAAUUCGGCCCUAUCGAUCUUUCAUUCAUUCCUAUAUGGCGCGGGGGCACUCUUGGAUUCUUUUCGUACAUGGGGCUUCGACUAUCCCAUAACGACAUCCCCGCGGCACUCCACGCCUCUCCAGCAGACGCCAUUGCGAUACAUCUCGACGUCCAAUCCCGCAACACCGUCGGAGUCCACUGGGGGACAUUUGUCGGUUCGUCCAGCGAGAGUUAUGAAGCGAUGAUUGAGUUCGCUGAGGCGCGUGAGAAUCGCGCCGUUGAAAGUCUAGACAGUGAGAGCGAGGGUGACCACGGUCGCGCGGGUUUGUUAGAUAUUGGCGCGAGUCUGGCUAUACGCAUUGUCUAA